AUGGGCACAGACUCGGACAUCAAAACGCCCACCGAGGCGCCGGUCCCGGACCUCGAGAAAACGCCCAGCAACAACCCCAUCGUCGGCACCGUCGCCGAUGUCGCCACCGAAUCCGACCAGCUCGCCGUCCUGGGCUACAAGCCGGCCCUGCACCGCAACCGCUCCAUGUUCCACCUCCUCUUCCAAACCCUCGCCAUCGCCGCCAUCCCCUACGGCGAGGGCGGGCCCUUGCUCAGCGCCAUCUACGGCGGCGGGCCGCUGGCCAUCUUCGUCGGGUGGCUGGUCGUGCUGGCGCUGGACGAGUGCGUCGCGCUCUCUCUCUCCGAGCUGGCGUCGCGGUACCCGACGAGCGCGGGGCCGUACUACUGGUCGUUCCAGCUGGCGCCGGCGGGGUUGAAGAAGGGGCUGUCGUUUGUGAACGGGUGGACGUGGUUGAUUGGCAACUGGACGAUUACGCUGAGCGUGAACUUUGGGUUCGCGAGUUUGAUUGCCGCGACGGUGGCGAUGUACCAUGAUGAUUGGGUGGCGAGCGAUUGGCAGUUGUUGUUGAUUUUUUACGCGAUUUGUUUGGUCACGUUUGCGAUUUGCGCGCUGGGCAACGAGUGGCUGCCGCUCGUCGACACGGUUUGCGCGGCUUGGACGGCUGUCUCGAUUUUCGUCAUUUUGAUCGCGUUGUCGGUGAAGGCGGAUGCGGGCAGGCGCGAUGCGGCGUGGGCGCUGGGGCACUACGAUACGUCGUUUGCUGGCUGGGGCGGGUUUACGUUUUUUAUCGGGUUGUUGCCGGCCGCGUAUACGUUUUCGGCGAUUGGUAUGAUUUCGAGUAUGGCCGAGGAGGUGCAUGAUCCGGCCAUGAAGGUGCCGCAGGCUAUUAGUCUUUGUGUCCCGGUUGGAGGCUUCUUCGGCAUCUUCUUCAUCCUGCCCAUCUGCUUCACGCUCCCGCCGCUCGCCGACAUCCUCGAAGCGCCGAACGCGCAGGCGCUGCCGUACAUCUUCCACCGCGUCAUGGGAUCUCCUGGCGGCGGCCUCGGCCUCAUCUUCCUCGUCCUCGCCAUCACCCUCUUCUGCUCCAUCAGCAUCACCAACGCCGCAUCCCGCUGCACCUGGGCCAUCUCGCGCGACGACGCCGUCCCCGGCGCGGCGCUGUGGUCGCGCGUCUCCGCGCGCUUCGGCGUACCCAUCUGGGCUUUGUUCCUCCUGACCGUCGUCCAAAUGCUGCUCGGCCUCAUCAACCUGGGCAGCACGUCGGCCUUCACCGCGUUCGUGUCCGUCGGCGUCAUCGCGCUGGCGCUGAGCUACGCGAUCCCCAUCGCGAUCAAUUACAAGGGACCGCCUGCUUCGGAUGGGUUGGUGUUUUGA